GAGCGAGGGGCGGGCCCGGCGCGGCUGCCCGGCCGGCUGCUGGAGGCCCCGGGCCGGGCCCGCGCCGCGAUGGCCCUGGUGACCCUACAGCGCUCUCCCACGCCCAGCGCUGCGUCUUCCUCCGCAAGCAACAGCGAGUUGGAGGCCGGCAGCGAUGAAGAGCGGAAGCUGAGCCUCAGCUUGAGUGAGAGCUUUUUCAUGGUGAAAGGAGCUGCCCUCUUCCUACAGCAGGGAAACAGCCCCCAGGGCCAGCGGAGUCUCCAGCACCCUCACAAGCAUGCAGGUGACCUGCCUCAACACCUCCAAGUGAUGAUCAACCUCCUGCGCUGUGAAGACAGAAUCAAGCUGGCCGUGCGCCUAGAGAGCGUCUGGACUGACCGCGUCCGCUACAUGGUUGUGGUGUACACCAGCGGGCGCCAGGACACCGAGGAGAACAUCUUGCUGGGAGUUGACUUUUCCAGUAAGGAGAGCAAAAGCUGCACGAUAGGAAUGGUUCUCCGACUCUGGAGCGACACCAAGAUCCACCUUGACGGGGACGGCGGGUUCAGUGUGAGCACGGCGGGCAGGAUGCACAUAUUCAAGCCAGUGUCUGUCCAGGCCAUGUGGUCUGCCCUACAAGUGCUUCACAAGGCCUGCGAAGUGGCUCGGAGGCAUAACUACUUCCCGGGGGGCGUGGCGCUCAUCUGGGCCACCUACUAUGAGAGCUGCAUCAGCUCCGAGCAGAGCUGCAUCAACGAAUGGAACGCCAUGCAGGACCUGGAGUCCACGAGGCCCGACUCCCCCGCGCUGUUCGUGGACAAGCCAACCGAGGGGGAAAGAACUGAGCGUCUGAUUAAAGCCAAACUCCGAAGCAUCAUGAUGAGCCAGGACCUUGAAAAUGUGACUUCUAAGGAAAUCCGAAAUGAGCUGGAGAAGCAAAUGAAUUGCAACCUGAAAGAGUUCAAGGAAUUCAUCGAUAACGAGAUGCUGCUCAUCUUGGGCCAGAUGGACAAGCCCUCCCUCAUCUUCGACCAUCUAUAUCUUGGCUCCGAGUGGAAUGCAUCCAAUCUGGAGGAGCUGCAGGGCUCAGGCGUUGACUACAUUUUAAAUGUCACUAGAGAAAUAGACAAUUUCUUCCCUGGCUUGUUUGCAUACCAUAACAUCCGAGUAUACGACGAGGAGACCACGGACCUCCUUGCCCACUGGAAUGAAGCUUAUCACUUCAUAAACAAAGCAAAAAGGAAUCAUUCCAAGUGCCUGGUCCAUUGCAAGAUGGGCGUUAGCCGGUCCGCGUCCACCGUCAUCGCGUACGCCAUGAAGGAGUUCGGCUGGCCCCUGGAGAAAGCGUAUAACUAUGUGAAGCAGAAACGCAGCAUCACUCGGCCCAACGCAGGCUUUAUGAGGCAGCUGUCGGAGUACGAAGGCAUCCUGGAUGCAAGCAAACAGCGGCAUAACAAACUAUGGCGCCAGCAGCCGGCAGAUGACCCAGUGGCAGAGCCCAGUGAGUUCUUGCCAGAAACCUUGGACGGCGGUGCCCUGGACACUCGGCUGCCCUGUCUGGAUGAUACCACCCACUCUGAGCUCCCGAGAAGCCUGGCCCCGGGAGCACCCUCUCUCCCCUGUUGUUUCCGAAGGCUCUCGGACCCCCUCCUCCUCCCCCACCAUGAUGAUGCGGGCGGCCUGGUCCAUUUAGAAGAUGUGGAGAGGGAUGCUCUGUUAGAGGGUGAGGCUCCGCCCAUGGAGGUGCACAAGCUGACUCGGCAUCCCCAGGAAGGUGCCAGGCCGUGUGAAAAGGAUGUGAAGAGGAAGCUGGAGUUUGGGAGCCCCAAAGCCCGUAGUGGUUCCCUGCCUCAGGUGGAGGAACUGGAGAAAGAUGGCGGCCCAAGGACAGGGAGGUGGAGGCGGGCCUCCACCCAGCUCGAUACAAGUUUGCUCGACCAGGAAAACCUCAAUAACAACAACAGCAAGAGGAGCUGUCCCGUUGACUCUGAGCGCGAUGCGAUGUUUGGAAUCCUCAGUAAAGUGAAGCCUCCCUACACAUCCUGUGCCGACUGCAUGUACCCCGCGGCUGGCGGGACUCCUGAGGCUCUCGUGGAGCAGCACGAGGACCCCAGCUCCUCCGCCAUCUGCACCCAGCCAACCUUCCUGCCCCACGUCAUGUCUUCCCCAGUGGCCCCCGCGAGCAGCAGGUCCCGAGCUCCGGCCUCCAGUCCAGCCGACACCUCUCCAUCCCUACUUCCGGCAGGCUCCAGGAAGCCAGAAGUCGGUGGCUCUGGAGCCGGGGCUGCCCCGGAAGCACCAGCAAGCCUUCUAGAGCCUUCCAGAGAGACCUCAAAAGUCCUUCCAAAAUCUCUCCCGUUGAGGAAUGCUCACUGUGAUAAGAGUGCGUCGGCCAGUACAGAGGUGGUGAAGGAAGAACCGCCGACUAAGAAAGAUCCGAAGCCGGCUAAGGAUCUGAGGCUUCUGUUCAGUACCGAGGCGGAGAAGCCGACCGCCAAUAGCUACCGCAUGCAGCAUCAGGAGUCCAUUAUCCAGCUGCAAAAAGCAGGCCUGGUCCGAAAGCACACCAAAGAGCUGGAGCGGUUGAAGAGCCUGCCUUCAGACUCCACAUCUACCUGCAGGGACAGUGCCACCUGUGGCCGGCUGGAGGCCAGCAUCCCCGAGGAGGGACAGGAGCCCGCAUACCCGACCCCAUGCAGCCAAACCGGGUCAGAGGAGAAGCCCGAAGGCGGAGCCUUGCCGAAGAGCCCGCCCUCUACCCUCCUCCGCCUGGAUCACACCAGUAACUUCUCGAAAGACUUCCUGAAGACGGUGUGCUACACCCCCACGUCCUCCUCCAUCAGCUCCAACCUGACCCGGAGCUCCAGCAGCGACAGCAUCCACAGCGUCCGAGGGAAGCCAGGGCUGGUGAAGCAGCGGGCGCAGGAGAUCGAGACGCGGCUCCGCCUGGCCGGCCUCACUGUGUCGUCCCCGCUGAAACGGUCCCAUUCCCUCGCCAAGCUGGGAAGCCUCAACUUCUCCACGGAGGACCUGUCCAGCGAGGCUGACACAUCCACCAUCGCUGACUCGAGGGAUGCCAAGUGCGAUCUCUCUUCCUUCUUGCCUGAACCCCAGGCCAUGCCAAGAGACCCCGCUGCAACCUCCAAACCAUCAGGAAAAUCUGCCCCGGAAAACUUGAAAAGCCCGUUGAGGGUAAACAAAAGCUGACGAACUUUCUUUGGGCGCUGUGAGGUUUUCAUAAUGUCCUGAUCCACUUUCACAUCUUGAUUUUGUGUCAACAACUUCAGUCUUCUGAGCUUUCCCCGCCUAGAGGCUGUGAGGGAGGACACUCAGGUGUGCGGCCUGGGCAACCUAGAGACUGGCAGCCAGCAGUCAAGUUCAGAUGUGUGUGCCUGAGGUGGGCCAAGCCCUCGGUUAGGAUCCCCAGCACCCCAUCAAACCAGGCACGAUUGCGAUUGCGCACGCUUAUGGAAAUUCACUGCAAGUGCAGGCAGAAGGAUUAGACGUUCAGGUCAGCCUCAGCUACGUGGUGAGUUUUAGGCCAGCCUGGUGAAGAGAAAAAAAAAUGUGUGUGGACAUGCAAAAUACUCAGUUUGCAACGUGUACAGGAACCACAUUGGCGACGUCGCUGCAGCCCACGCUCCAAACUCAUUCCGGUCCUCGAGAACGAAUCCUCAGAGGGCAACACAAGGCCUACCUCUCUGCUCACUGUGCAUUUUGUUUAUAUAAUAGUAACAGCCAAGGCUCAUUUCUGAGGAACAAUGCUGUGUCCACAAGGGAUUUUCAAGAGAAUUGUGGUGGGGGGAGGGGAUGGGGUUUGUUGUGUUGUUGUUGUUGUUGUUGUUGUUGUUGUUGUUUGAGGGUGGAGACCCCCAGAAUUGUGACGACUUUGAACCUGACCAUCCCAAGAACAACUAGGUGACAUCAUCAGAGGAAGACACUUAGUGGCAGUGGUCCGUGUAGCCCUCCGUCCCGGUGCCCACGGUCUUGGGACUUACGUCACCCAGUCACAGAGAAGGGCACUGCUGAGCCUCACGUGCUGCUAACAAGGCAUCAUUGUGUUAUGUUUGGGAUUCGGACAACCUCAUGUCCGGAGGUGGUUAGUGGGGCGCAGAUCAUCCUGCUGAGACACUGAACUGACCCAUUUGCUGAGAGGAAAGGUAGGUCAGCAACGGGUACUUUCUCACAGGCCCCUCCCCAGGAGCCACUCUGAGAGGAGAGAGUCUGUUGAAAAGCUUCACAGAUGUUUACAAGAGUCCCUUCCCGGGCGAGAAGAGAGUACUGCUCUCUUGUCCCUGGCUCCCCCAUGCUGUAAUUGUGGGGCAAAGGAGGCACAGCCACACCACAGGUGUGAGUGCAGGUUAGCUCAGUGAAGCAGGAGGCCUGGGCUCUGGGUUCACAUCACGAGCCUCACCUGGUGCCCAUCAUGAAAAGGGUGCUUAAGGAUUUUGAAGAGAGACAAACAGAGAGGCAGACCUGCUGCAGAAAGCCUUGCUUGAUGUUUGGCUGACGGUGGUGCACAGCCCUGUGAGAUCACGGUAGGCUCUGUUAAUGUUUUUGGGUUUUGGUUUGGUUUUGGUUUUUUGAGACAGGGUUUCUCUGUAGACCAGGCUGGCCUCAAACUCAGAGAUCUGCCAGCCUCUACCUCCUUAGUGCUCAGAUUAACAGUGUGUGCGACCACCAUCCGGCUUCCUUCCUCCGUCUCUCUCUCUCUCUCCCUCUCUGUCUCCCUCCCUCUCUCUCUUUCUCUCUUUCUUUCAUUCUUUCAUUUGAGACAAGGUCUCACCAUGUAGCCUUUGCUGUCUUGGAACUUUCUCUAUAGACCAGGUAGGCCUCAAACUCAGCAGAGAGGUAUCUGCCUCUGUCUCUAAAGGGUUUGGUUUUGGUUUUUGAGGUAGACGCUCAUCCUGUAGCUCAAGCUGGCUUCAGACUCACAGCAGUCCUCCUGCCUCAGCCUCCCAAAUGCCGAGAUUACAGGUAUAAUCCCAUCAUUCCCCAAGCUUGGUUGUUAAUUUUUAAGGGUAAAUGGCACAGGCUUGUGAUCCUGUCCUCAGGGGGGUGAGGCAGGUCCAUCAGGAGUUAAAGGCACAACGUGAGAUUCUACCUCAGAAGUAGUAAGUGACCUUGCCAGAGAUGGUGUUACCUGCUUCAGAUGUCUGCUGUGGGCCCUUGUGGAAAGCUUGCUGCCUGGUUUAUGUGAUGGCCCAGGGCCGCGUGUAACACUGCAGGAAGACGGGACAUAUUGGAGGGCUGUCUUCGCUCCUCAGAUAUCACGGAUCAAAUCCUUCCCUCCCACACUCCAACCUUGCCAGCCUGCCCCUUUACCUCUGGAGUGGAUGGAGUCCUCGUGGAGAUGACCACAGUUCCGUCCUGCAGUUGGCUGGUUCAGCCAGACAGCUCAGUGAGAUCACAGUCUUCAAGGACACGACAUGUUCUGGAAGUACACGGAUGGGGCUCCUCCCACACGGGUUAGAACGAACGGAGUCUCGAGACUGGCCAUCCUGGUGAACGCCAAGUAUCUCUAGGAUCCAGGCCAGUUCGUUUUUCAUUCGUGUGGGGUCUUUGUGACCUCUGUCUCAGAACUUUUCUCCUGGCAUGAUUUUUGUUUUCAAAUACAUGCGUGUCAUCUUAUAGGGAUUUAUUUUCCCACUACUGUCAAUGACAGUCACCUUAAAAAGCAAUCAUCCACUUAAUCCUGAAACCCUGUGGGUUUCUCUACUCUUCCCUCAGCCAACAAAAGCAAAAAAGGCCAAGCUUAAAUAAGCAGCGCCAAGUUCAAUCUCACAUGGUGGGUCGAUUUUUGUGUCAAAAUAAUUCCUUAGAUUUGGUAAUGAUAGGUUUCCCCUGUGUUUUUUUAAUCCCAUCUGUAAGAGUGAUAGGAUUUUGAAAACUUUUAAUUUUGAAAACCAUAAUUUGUCCCAUUCUGUUGAAAGAGUCGGGGCGGGUGGAGGAAAAACUCAAGCAGGCCUCUGGCCCCUGGCAGACUCCCUGCACCUGUUUUAGAAGCCCUGGCUAUCAGCCACCCGUGUGAACAGCAGGGAGCAACUCUGGUCAUCCAGAAGGCCAGAGUCCCUGGUGUGACAGUGUCGGUGUCUGUUCUUCCUGGAGGGUUGGCUCUCCCUGAAAAUGCAAUGAAUUGGCAUUUAACUGAAAGGCUUCUGUGAAACUACCCCGCUAAGCUAAGGUGUACGCACCCCAGCAGUGACAACUCCCAUCCUGUCUCAGGAAAAGUUUGUCCCAGCCAGGCUUGGUGGCACACACGUGUGAUGCGGAGGCCGGUGGAUCACUGAGUCAAAGGCUGUGACAACCACCAUCCGCCACCCCCCAAAAAAUGUUAGCUUUGCGAGCUGCCUCCAUACCUGGCUAGUUCAGCUCUGUGUGUAAUCAUAGCAAGCAGAGGUACAGGGAUGUAUGCAGCGUAAGCCACCAGUUCCAAUGGCUGCCAUUUUCACUAAUGUCCUUGAAAGAAGAGCUUCCUGCUCAGCCCUAUGGCCCAGGAACUUUACCUGCCUCCCAAAAGUCUGAACCACGUGGCAGCAGCCUUGCCCCUGGUCAACACAGAGGCUUCUCGAAAGUGUAAGGGAGAUGGGGGCGCGGGAAGUCCAGCUUCCCGAUAGCAUGAACUAAGAGCAGGGUGUCUUUCCCAGACCCCCACCCCGGCCCUCCAACCGCGCACAUGGUUCCCAUGUGUGGCUCAGCCGAGCUGGCUUCCACAGGUCCCCAGGUAGCAGCACCGCGAUGCUCCCCUUGUUCCGCCCGCCCCUCCGCUUGUUCUAGCUGAAGAUCCGCCCCUCAUCCUCUGCCCUAGAAAAGCCGGGCCUGUGUUUUUCUGCACCCAUCUCAGGGACUACCCCGGAAGGUUUGCGAACCUCCUGCUCUUCGGGAACCACUUCUUAGUAAGAACGAGAUCACAAGAGACAUCGCAUGUCACUAAAGGAGUUUACUUUUUUACCUGCUGGCAGUGACUGGUGUGAGAAUUCAUUGCCAAGCCCCGUGGGUUGGCUGACACGGAGCAGGCGUGUGUGAUCCCUUCAGGGGAAUGAGUAGACUUAGGAGCACUUGCCUGACCCCAGCUGUGCAGUCCUGAAGAGCCAGGGAGACGCCCACCCCUCCCCCAUGGUGGCUCCCCACUGCUGGUGAGGGAGACUCUUGGUUCCACUUUUCCGCCCUAAAGGCGAGAUUCCUGCUGACCAUGAUGAUGAGUAUGAAGGUCAUCGGUGUGCCCCUGUCCAAAGCCCUUGGUUUUGGUUACUGUGGAGGUGUGAGAGUGCAGUGUAUGUGGAGAUAUGUACAUAAGUAUACGUGCAUAUGCCUGUGUAUGCAUUAUACAUACAUAUAUAUACAUAUACAUACAUAUAAGUGUAUCCUAUUUGAUCAGACCUGGUGUGUGCUGUUCCUCACCACACACCAUAGUCUCCAGCUUUGCAGGGAUGCCACCUGGGGCCAUCUGGAGAAGGGUGACCACCUCCUUCCCUCUUGCAGUAGACACCACCUCCUUCACCUCCUUCAGUCCCCGUCUUAGGCACAGUGUCCGCCGCCCUGGCCUUACUGCAUGAGAAGACAGCUGCUUCCUCUUCUACCCUGUAAUUAUUCUUUUACAAUCGAGUGCCUUAAUAAUCGUUUACAAAUACCAUGUAUUUUUGCGCAGCCGUUCAGCUGCCUUCCGUGGCUGAGUUCUUUGGGUCUUGGUGGUUGAGAUUAUUGAAUGAGCUCCUCCCUACCCCCCCACCCCCAUCCCCGGUCGGUCCACUCUGUGUUAAUCUGCGGUUGACACUGGGUCCUGACUGCUCCAUGGAGCCUGCUAGGAGCGCCAAGUCCCCGCAGGCCAUGCCUGCAUCAGCAUACACCAUGGCAGCCAAAGGUAGCCCCUGAAGGAUGGGAGGUGGUUUGCCAGGCAGCAGGGGGGGCGGGUUACAGGUCCAGCACUCCCCGAACCACAGUCUAAGACCUCCCCUCAACCCCUCAAGGUGGUCCUCUAGUUUAUAGAGGCUUGCCACCACCUAGCCCCACUUCACACCCCCUCUUCCUCUUCUGCCUGUGUCCUGAGCUUGCUGCAAGCCCCGGGUGCAGCUCGACCCAGAGAAGUCGCCUCACCAGACUGCACCCUUCACCUUUCAAAGGCCGCCGGAGGGCGCCGGGUUCCCUCGUUGCGUCACAAAACUUUGAUGGGGGGGGUGCAUUUUUUUCUUUCUUUGUAUUGUUUUUCCUCUUGUUUUUUUUUAUAUUAUAUAUUUUAAAGGCAGUAUCUUUUUGUACUGUGAAGUUUCAGUAGAAGAGGCAUAGUGCACUUUUUUAUUUACUUCUGUUGGUGUGUAUUGUAUGUAUGUAUGUAUGUAUAUAUAUAUAGUCUGCGUGCUUCUCAUGUUGAGAAUAAACAUUUACUUUAUAAGUGUC